AUGCACCUACUCGCCCUCGUCGGGGCUAUUACGCUCCUCAUCGCCUCCGUCCGGGCUAACUCCCUCCCAGCCUCCACCGACAUCUUCUACUGGCCCGUGGAAGCUGCGCAGCCCUCCGUCCUCGCGCGCGUUGCCUACGACCCGUCCUCCUUGAAGUCCGAUGUCCUUGCCUACCACCCGCCCAAGCCCGACCACACCGAUGGCCUCGUCCGUGUCGGCUUCUAUACCGCCACUCAGACCAACCCUAAGCAAUGGAUCGGAAGCCUCGUCUCGCUCUCCUCCUUGAUCGGUGCCGAGCACCCGCCGACGCUCCGCCUUCACCUGGGUCCUGCCAGCGAGGUGUAUCAUGUGUCGCUGGCCGCGACGGAGUCAGCCUCAACGACAGCAGCUGUCCCCCCUGUGGAGCUGGUGCCGAGUAAGCCUGGGACGCAGCCGCACUUGAAUCGGCCGGUGGUGGUGGGCCCUGAUGGACAGAACCCGGAGGAAGUGCCCGAGAAGACCUUGAUUCAAAAGUACUGGUGGGUGCUUUUGAUCGUAGCGUUCUUGACGAUGUCGGGGGGUGGUGGAGAAGGGCAAUAG